AUGGCUUUCUCUGCUUCACCGUCGAAGGAAUCAGACAUUGUGAAGACAGUGGAAGACGAGAAAUUGGUACAAAUUUAUACACCUGAUGAAAUGGUUGUGCAAUUAGCGGACAAUAGACGAUCGAUCAGAAAUCUUAAACCUAGGCUACAUGCAGGUGCUAUUGGCAUUCACUCAUAUUCGUGUGGUAUUCAUCGUAUUCGUGCAAGAAUCAAAGACGGGCAUCCUUUUUUCGGAAUUCGAUCACGAAGUAUUCCACUCGUACCAAGGGAGUAUAUGGCUGGUUCCUAUACUCUUACAGACUCUACGUAUGGUUGGGAAAGCAAUGGUCAUUAUGCUGAUGGAUACCCUUCGGUAAUAACUCCGUGGAAUGACGGUGAUAUAAUCGGUCAUAUAUGGACAAUCACAUUGAAUUGUGAUGAACACCGGAUAAGUAUAAUUGAUGAAGAUACCAAGGACCAACACGAAAUAGAAGUUGAUCAACGUUUAAAUUCUCACAAUAGAUUAAUUAAAGUCGUUCCAAAUACAAAACCAUUGGGCUUCAAUGCUCAAGGUAAUUGGGAAAUGAGUAGUGUUAAUAUAGUGAUGAGAUUGAAUAAGUACAAUGAAGGUGAAUACUUUGCACCUCAUAAAGAUGCUCAAUAA